AUGGGUAAAGUAUUGUCAAGAGAUCGAGAACAAAAACUUAAUUACACCAAAAUUUUUAAAAUUAACAAUGAAGAAAAACUUGAUCGUGAAAACGAACGAACAAGUUUACGCCAUAACAUAGUGCGUGUGCUUUUUAAUGGUAAUUUUUCUGCUCCAGUAGAAGACUUGUUAAGAGAAGGUGGUGCCAAGGUUAUUGAUAUUGGAAGAUGUGGACAUGGUACCUGGAUUUGUGAAAUGUCAUCAGAUUUCCGAAAAAGCCAUUUUUAUGGCACCGAAAUUGUGUCAAAAGUUGUUCCACAUUUAAAACCUUCAAAUGUCACUAUUGUUGAAGCCGAUAUUUUAAGAAAAUUACC